GUGGAUUUGGUCGUCCCCGUGAUCGCGAGCUGCUGGCAGCGAGAGGGGCAGCGCGCCGGCCUCGGCAGCCGGCGGCCGAAGCGGCCGGAUCGGGGACGGAAGGACAGACCGACGUCUCCGAGCUGGAACCAUGUAAGGCCCGAGCCAGGAAGGCGGAGUACGCGAGCGCUCAGAGGCUCUGUCUCCUGGUCCCCGCCCGGCUCAGAAUGGAACAGAGGAGGCCCUGGCCGCGGGCUGCAGAGGUGGACGGCUGGCCUGUGGUCCUGCUCUCCGCCGUCUGCGUGCUGCUGGCACCCCCGGCGGCCGGCAUGCCCCAGUUCAGCACCUUCCACUCCGAGAACCGGGACUGGACCUUCAACCAUUUGACGGUGCACCGCGGGACGGGGGCAGUGUACGUGGGGGCCAUCAACCGCGUGUACAAGCUGACGGGCAACCUGACCAUCCAGGUGGCUCACAAGACGGGGCCGGAGGAGGACAACAAGUCCUGCUACCCGCCGCUCAUCGUUCAGCCCUGCAGCGAGGUGCUCACGCUCACCAACAACGUCAACAAGCUGCUCAUCAUCGACUACUCCGAGAACCGGCUGCUGGCCUGCGGCAGCCUGUACCAGGGGGUCUGCAAGCUGCUGCGGCUGGACGACCUCUUCAUCCUGGUGGAGCCGUCCCACAAGAAGGAGCACUACCUGUCCAGCGUCAACAAGACGGGGACGAUGUACGGGGUGAUUGUGCGCUCCGAGGGCGAGGACGGCAAGCUCUUCAUCGGCACCGCUGUGGACGGCAAGCAGGACUAUUUUCCCACCCUGUCCAGCCGCAAGCUGCCCCGCGACCCCGAGUCCUCCGCCAUGCUCGACUACGAGCUCCACAGCGACUUCGUCUCCUCACUCAUCAAGAUCCCUUCUGACACCCUGGCCCUGGUCGCCCACUUUGACAUCUUCUACAUCUAUGGCUUCGCCAGCGGGGGCUUCGUCUACUUCCUCACCGUCCAGCCUGAGACCCCCGAGGGCGUGGCCAUCAACUCGGCCGGAGACCUCUUCUACACCUCGCGCAUCGUCAGGCUCUGCAAAGACGACCCCAAGUUCCACUCCUACGUGUCCCUGCCCUUCGGCUGCACGCGGGCCGGGGUGGAAUAUCGCCUCCUGCAGGCUGCUUACCUCGCCAAGCCCGGGGACUCGCUGGCCCAGGCCUUCAACAUCAGCAGCCAGGACGACGUGCUCUUCGCCAUCUUCUCCAAAGGGCAGAAGCAGUAUCACCACCCGCCGGAUGACUCCGCCCUCUGUGCCUUCCCCAUCCGGGCCAUCAACUUGCAGAUCAAAGAGCGCUUGCAGUCCUGCUACCAGGGCGAGGGCAACCUGGAGCUCAACUGGCUGCUGGGGAAGGACGUGCAGUGCACCAAGGCGCCGGUGCCCAUCGAUGACAACUUCUGUGGACUGGACAUCAACCAGCCACUUGGAGGCUCCAUUCCAGUGGAGGGCCUGACCCUGUACACCACCAGCCGGGACCGCAUGACCUCGGUGGCGUCCUAUGUUUACAAUGGCUACAGCGUGGUGUUUGUGGGCACAAAGAAUGGCAAGCUGAAAAAGAUUCGAGCCGAUGGUCCCCCCCAUGGUGGGGUCCAAUAUGAGAUGGUCUCCGUGCUCAAAGAUGGAAGUCCCAUCCUCCGGGACAUGGCCUUCUCCAUUGAUCAGCGCUACCUAUACAUUAUGUCUGAGAGACAAAUCACCAGGGUCCCUGUGGAAUCCUGUGAACAGUACACAACUUGUGGGGAGUGCCUGAGCUCGGGGGACCCUCACUGUGGCUGGUGUGCCCUGCACAACAUGUGCUCCCGCAGGGACAAGUGCCAGCGGGCCUGGGAACCUAAUCGAUUUGCUGCCAGCAUCAGCCAGUGCAUGAGCCUCGAGGUGCAUCCCAGCAGCAUCUCAGUGUCUGAGCACAGCCGGCUGCUCAGCCUGGUUGUGAGUGAUGCUCCCGAUCUGUCUGCGGGCAUCUCCUGUGCCUUUGGGAACCUGACAGAGGUAGAGGGACAGGUAUCUGGGAGCCAGGUCAUCUGCAUCUCACCAGGGCCCAAGGUUGUCCCUGUCAUCCCUCUGGAUCAAGACUGGUUUGGGCUAGAGCUGCAGCUGAGAUCCAAGGAGACAGGAAAGAUAUUCGUGGGCACCGAGUUCAAGUUCUACAACUGCAGCGCCCACCAACUGUGCCUGUCUUGUGUCAACAGCGCCUUCCGCUGCCAUUGGUGCAAAUACCGAAACCUCUGUACUCAUGACCCCACCACCUGCUCCUUCCAGGAGGGCCGGAUCAACAUUUCAGAGGACUGUCCCCAGCUGGUGCCCACGGAGGAGAUCCUGAUACCCGUCGGGGAAGUAAAACCAAUCACCCUCAAGGCUCGAAACCUGCCCCAGCCUCAGUCCGGCCAGCGAGGCUAUGAGUGCGUCCUCAACAUACAGGGGGCCGUCCACCGGGUCCCCGCCCUGCGCUUCAACAGCUCCAGCGUCCAGUGCCAGAACAGCUCGUAUCAGUACGACGGGAUGGACAUCAGCAACCUGGCCGUGGACUUUGCUGUGGUGUGGAAUGGCAAUUUCAUCAUUGACAACCCUCAGGACCUGAAAGUCCACCUCUACAAGUGUGCAGCCCAGCGGGAGAGCUGUGGCCUCUGCCUCAAGGCCGACCGGAAGUUCGAGUGUGGCUGGUGCAGCGGUGAGCACAGGUGCACCCUCCAGCAGCACUGUAGCAGCCCCUCCAGCCCCUGGCUUGACUGGUCCAGCCAAAAUGUUAAGUGCUCCAACCCCCAAAUCACCGAGAUUUUGACGGUGUCCGGACCCCCUGAAGGAGGGACCCGAGUGACUAUCCAUGGCGUGAACCUGGGCCUGGACUUCUCCGAGAUCGCCCACCACGUGCAGGUGGCUGGGGUGCCCUGCACGCCCCUGCCAGGGGAUUAUAUCAUCGCUGAGCAGAUCGUUUGUGAGAUGGGCCAUGCCCUUGUGGGGACCACCUCUGGGCCCGUGCGCCUGUGCAUUGGCGAGUGUAAGCCAGAGUUCAUGACCAAAUCCCAUCAACAGUACACGUUUGUGAACCCUUCCGUGUUGUCACUCAACCCCAUCCGAGGGCCAGAGUCCGGAGGCACCAUGGUGACCAUCACGGGCCAUUACCUCGGGGCUGGGAGCCGCGUGGCCGUUUACCUGGGCAACCAGACCUGCGAGUUCUAUGGGCGAUCAAUGAAUGAGAUCGUGUGUGUCUCACCCCCGUCAUCCAAUGGGCUGGGGCCCGUCCCUGUCUCUGUGAGUGUCGACCGAGCCCGUGUGGACAACAACCUGCAGUUCGAGUACAUAGAUGACCCCCGGGUGCAGCGCAUUGAGCCUGAGUGGAGUAUCGCCAGUGGCCACACACCCCUGACCGUCACAGGCUUCAACCUGGAUGUCAUUCAGGAGCCAAGGAUCCGAGUCAAGUUUAAUGGCAAAGAAUCUGUCAAUGUGUGCAAAGUUGUGAACACCACCACCCUGACCUGCCUGGCACCCUCCCUGACCACGGACUACCGGCCCGGCCUGGACACCGUGGAACGGCCGGACGAGUUUGGAUUCGUCUUUAACAAUGUCCAGUCCUUGCUGAUUUACAACGACACCAAGUUCAUCUACUACCCCAACCCGACCUUUGAACUGCUCAGCCCCACUGGGGUCUUGGAUCAAAAGCCAGGAUCCCCCAUCAUUCUGAAGGGCAAAAACCUCUGCCCUCCUGCUUCUGGAGGUGCCAAACUCAACUACACCGUGCUGAUUGGAGAGACCCCAUGCGCUGUCACUGUGUCUGAGACGCAACUGCUCUGCGAGCCUCCCAACCUCACCGGGCAGCACAAGGUCAUGGUCCACGUGGGUGGCAUGGUAUUCUCGCCCGGCUUGGUGAGUGUCAUCUCAGACAGCUUGCUGACCCUGCCGGCCAUCGUCAGCAUCGCGGCGGGUGGCAGCCUCCUGCUCAUCAUUGUCAUCAUUGUGCUCAUCGCCUACAAGCGCAAGUCUCGAGAAAAUGACCUCACUCUCAAGCGGCUCCAAAUGCAGAUGGACAACCUGGAGUCCCGUGUGGCCUUGGAGUGUAAGGAAGCUUUUGCCGAGCUCCAGACAGACAUCAACGAGCUGACCAGUGACCUGGACCGCUCAGGAAUCCCCUACCUGGACUAUCGCACCUACGCUAUGCGAGUCCUGUUCCCCGGCAUUGAGGACCAUCCCGUCCUGCGUGAGCUGGAGGUGCAGGGCAAUGGGCAGCAGCACGUGGAGAAGGCCCUGAAGCUCUUUGCCCAGCUCAUCAACAACAAGGUGUUCCUGCUGACCUUCAUCCGCACCCUGGAGCUGCAGCGCAGCUUCUCCAUGCGGGACCGCGGCAACGUGGCCUCGCUCAUCAUGACCGGCCUGCAGGGCCGCCUGGAGUACGCCACCGAUGUCCUCAAGCAGCUGCUCUCUGACCUCAUCGAUAAGAACCUGGAGAACAAGAACCACCCCAAGCUGCUUCUCCGGAGGACAGAGUCCGUGGCUGAGAAGAUGCUGACCAAUUGGUUUGCCUUCCUCCUGCACAAGUUCCUGAAGGAGUGUGCGGGGGAGCCGCUCUUCAUGCUGUACUGCGCCAUCAAGCAGCAGAUGGAGAAGGGCCCCAUCGAUGCCAUCACAGGCGAGGCCCGCUACUCCCUGAGCGAGGACAAGCUCAUCCGGCAGCAGAUCGAGUACAAGACCCUGAUCCUGAACUGCGUCAACCCUGACAACGAGAACAGUCCGGAGAUCCCAGUGAAGGUGUUGAACUGUGACACCAUCACGCAGGUCAAAGAGAAGAUUCUCGAUGCCGUCUACAAGAACGUGCCCUACUCCCAGCGGCCGAGGGCUGUUGACAUGGACUUGGAGUGGCGUCAAGGCCGGAUUGCCCGGGUCGUGCUGCAGGACGAGGACAUCACCACCAAGAUCGAGGGUGACUGGAAGCGGCUCAACACACUGAUGCACUAUCAGGUAUCAGACAGAUCGGUGGUGGCUCUGGUCCCCAAACAGACCUCCUCCUACAACAUCCCUGCCUCUGCCAGCAUCUCCCGGACGUCCAUCAGCAGAUACGACUCCUCCUUCAGGUACACAGGCAGUCCCGACAGCCUGCGGUCUCGGGCCCCCAUGAUCACCCCAGACCUGGAGAGUGGGGUCAAGGUGUGGCAUCUGGUGAAGAACCACGACCAUGGGGACCAGAAGGAGGGUGACCGGGGCAGCAAAAUGGUCUCCGAGAUCUACCUGACCCGGCUAUUGGCCACCAAGGGCACCCUGCAGAAGUUCGUGGACGACUUGUUUGAGACCUUGUUCAGCACCGUGCACCGGGGCAGCGCUCUCCCCCUGGCCAUCAAGUACAUGUUUGAUUUCCUGGAUGAGCAGGCAGACAGACACAGCAUCCACGACACAGAUGUGCGGCACACCUGGAAGAGCAACUGCCUCCCUCUGCGCUUCUGGGUGAACGUGAUCAAGAACCCCCAGUUUGUAUUUGACAUCCACAAGGGCAGCAUCACGGACGCCUGCCUCUCUGUGGUGGCCCAGACCUUCAUGGACUCUUGUUCAACAUCGGAGCACCGGCUGGGCAAGGACUCCCCUUCCAACAAGCUGCUCUAUGCCAAGGACAUCCCCAGCUACAAGAGCUGGGUGGAAAGAUACUACGCAGACAUCGCCAAGCUCCCCGCCAUCAGUGACCAGGACAUGAACGCCUACCUCGCCGAGCAAUCCCGCCUGCACGCCGUGGAGUUCAACAUGCUGAGUGCCCUCAAUGAGAUCUACUCCUACGUCAGCAAGUACAGUGAAGAGCUCAUUGGGGCACUCGAGCAGGACGAGCAGGCCCGGCGACAGCGGCUGGCAUACAAGGUGGAACAGCUUAUAAACGCCAUGUCCAUUGAGAGCUGAGAGAUGGAGCCUCCUGUUCCUGGGAAGAGGGACCCGUGAAAGCUGUCACACUGGGCAUCUCAGAAGGAAGGACAAGUGACGGGGAUCAGGCCCCAGCGCUUGCUGUCCCCUGAGACUCCCUCCCGGGGAGAGGGGAGGACCCCUCUCCCCACGCCAGCCAAGUUGCGUCACAGCCUGUUCCUGCAGGGAGAGACCAGGGGUGUCAUCCACCCCAUACCCCCGCGGCGAGGACGAGAGGGACGCCAGGACCCAGAGAAGGUGGCUCUUCAAGCUGAGAGGCACGACUGGGCGCGGUUCUGCCUCUGUGACUGCUGCUUUGCAUGAAAACUCAUUCAGUGUAUAUUGGGGAAAUAAUGAGAACUUUAUUUAAUUUUUUUUAAGAAAAAGGAAAACCAGAAAUAAAACAAAACAAAAAG